UUAUCAUUAACCAACUACGUAGAAUAAUAGCUCUAUACUUGAACUAAAACUAAAAUAACACGUUUGCGUUAUACAAAAUUAAACGUGAAAUUUUCUUUUAAUUUAACUUUGUUUAAUUUCGUGUUGGAUAAUAAAACAUGUUCGCGGCCGAAAUUUUUAUAUUCUGAUAUAUAUAUGAUAUUUAUACGUGAUAUUGCAAUCUUCUUGAGCAACAUUCUAAAAAUACUUUUCAAAUAUUUAUUUAUAAGCAAUCUUGCUCCAUUUCUUCCAUUAUCUUUGAUUAACGCACCGUUGAUCUGUAAUCGUAAUAGUAGACGUGGAUUCCUUCAUUCUUUCUAAUGUCUCAAUUGAGACUUUGUUCAUCAAUCAAAAUUAUAUCAAUGUGAUCAUGUGAUCUUUCCAACAGCACAAAGUACAUGAACUGGCGUCGCAAUUAAGAGAUAAUCAGAGUAAUCUUUUCGUGUUCCAUAUUCCAAGUUCUCUGACUGAAACUGAAACGACGUUCUCUCUGAUAAAACUGCGCAUAGGUUUUCAACAAAUUCUACGUACUAGCAAAUUCUUCAUUUUUUUAUAAAGCGACUCGUUUCAGUUUCCGCGAGGAACAUCGUCACGAAUACCUCUUGGAGUACCCCCAGACCGUACCGCCCUGGUUCAAUAAGGAGCGAGGAAGAGGGAGAGAGAAAGAAAGAGAGAGACGAAAAUAGCCUUCUCCCUCUCCAGCAAACGUAUCAGAUAAGGUACGUCUGGGUGUACCAACUACCAGCACCAGCCAGUGCGGGAACGUCGGAGCUCGCGGGUCUGACCGUCGCAGACUGUCCGCGACCGGUGCGUGGAUAGUCGUCUGCUAGAUCGAGAAUCGUUCCUGCAAAGAGGAGAGCAAUCACUCGCCGAAAUGCCGAACAUAAUAAAUGACAUAAAGCUGGACUUUAAGGACGUGCUGCUGCGUCCGAAGCGGAGCACGCUGAAGAGCAGAUCUGACGUAGAUCUCUUUAGGGAAAUCACUUUUCGCAAUUCUAAACAAACAUACAGAGGGAUUCCUGUAAUGGCCUCUAAUAUGGACACUGUUGGAACAUUUGAAAUGGCAAAGGCUUUAUCAAAGCAUGGCCUUUUCACCACGGUUCAUAAAUAUUAUACUGCAGAUGAAUGGAAAGACUUCGCUUCGCUAAAUCCCGAUUGCAUAAAAAAUGUAGCAGCGAGUUCGGGCACGGGAAACGAGGAUUACGAACGGCUCGCGAGCAUCCUAGAAGUCGUGCCGGACUUGUCUUUUAUAUGCCUGGACGUAGCAAAUGGCUACUCGCAACACUUUGUCGAAUACGUGAGAAAAGUAAGAGCACGGUACCCGAGUCACACGAUAAUCGCAGGAAAUGUUGUGACAGGAGAAAUGGUGGAGGAACUGAUACUCUCCGGCGCGGAUAUAAUCAAAGUAGGGAUCGGUCCGGGUUCCGUGUGCACCACGCGGAUGAAGACCGGCGUGGGCUAUCCGCAGUUGAGCGCCGUGAUUGAAUGCGCGGACGCCGCUCACGGCUUGAAGGGCCACAUUAUUGCCGACGGUGGAUGUACCUGCCCAGGAGACCUGGCGAAGGCGUUCGGUGCUGGCGCGGACUUCGUCAUGGCAGGCGGGAUAUUUGCGGGUCACGAAGAGUGCGGUGGCGAAAUUAUAGAGAAGAACGGCAAGAAGUUCAAGCUGUUCUACGGCAUGGCUUCCAGUACAGCCAUGAAGAAGCACGCUGGCGGCGUCGCGGACUACAGAUCUUCCGAAGGGAAAACUGUCGAAGUGCCUUACAAAGGUUUGAUCGAGAACACCGUGCUGGACAUACUAGGCGGCUUGAGAUCCGCGUGCACUUACACGGGGGCCGCACGUUUGCGCGAGCUACCGCGACGGGCGACGUUCAUACGCUGCACGCAACAAUUAAAUCCUAUGUACGGUCCGCCGCCAGAGAUAUAAAGCAUCGAGAGAUUACAUAAGUGUUAAAUUAUGCUACUUAGUGAAGGCUUUAGGAAUGAGGAUUUAUAUUUUACCGCCGAUACAUUUGCUGAUCGCGAUUAUAAUUUGCCGGCGAAUAAGAUUUGUAUGAUUAUAUCUAUGGGGAUGCAAUCUCUUGCUACAAAAUGUUUACCAGUCCAUGUAAUAACGUCGGAGUAUUACGAACUAAUAGUAAGUACGCUCAAAUAUGGAAGAAUGUUAUACAUAAAUUCUUCGUGCACAAAAAUAAAACAUUUCGUUACACUAA